GUCCCGGUAUUCCCGCCGCUGGGUGGCUCACCGAUAUUUUAUUGUUUUGAUUUUCCGUUUUUGACUUUUCCCACUCCCCUGUACGGACCCUUGUCCCGGUUCCCUCUCGGACUUCGUGAUUUCUAGAGCGUCUGGUCAGCGUGUUCUGGCUGGGCAGAGAUCAUGGCAGCGGAGUCCGAGAGGUCACCUUAUCCCAACGGGACCUCUGGUGGAUCUCGUGUGGCCCAAGUUGAUGAGGCUGCCUCAUCUGCACCACGCCGAUCUGCCAGUGAGAGUGACAUGAUGGAAGUGCCACGUUCAACCUUCAGAUCCCAAGUUCAGGGCUCGGCCGCGUCACAGAUGCCUAAAUACACGCAGGCGGUUCCUGGCGCAGCCGCCUCGACAACAAACUCGGCUAUAUCCUCCCGCGAGUCCUCCCCCGUGCGUUCCUCCCGUCGCCCGCGCAACUCGAGUGCAACUCCUCGACUGUCCUCUCGGUCUCGCAAAGGCAGCGUAGACCACAGCCCGAAUCGUUCCAUCGCGAGUGGCAAUCCUGGGUCGGGCACGCUCCCCUCCGCCACGGUCGUGCAACGAGCGCUGUCCCAGAACAGCAAACCCCCCGUCCUCAGCCCACCCCCCAAUGCCGAGGCGACCUCCGAUGUGCCCAGUCCGGACAAGUCCACCAUGCCAUUAUGGGCCACAUCACGUCGGUCGGAGCAGGAACCCUCCCUGCCGAAUACCUCCAUCAAACGAUCGAUGCCCCUGCAGGACGACCUUGCGACGAAGACUGCACCCCGUGCCGUGAACCGGGGUAUCAACGGACAGAGCUCUGCUCUGGAAACCGUUCAGGAGAUGGCGAGUGAUCAGUCCACGCCAUCGACCGAUACCAUCCUGAAUGCACCCCUGAAGGAGGAGUCCCGGUUACAAAAGAUUGAUGAGGACGCGACGCCCCGGGCUUCGAGGAUAAUGAACAACGAGAGUGGUAGCGACAGCGGGGGAAACAAGAGCUCCGAACCGAUGGAGGGGAACCGCCGUCAUGCUUCGUCGGGGGCGAGGGGGCCCAACACCCUCCUCCCCAAAAGAUCAUCUACGUCGCUGAGCGGUGGUCCUCGGGCCAAACCGACCGACGGGUCGGUGCGGAACAUGAUCGUCGAGACCGAGACCGUCAGUUCAAUCCCUCAGGUUUCCCUCGGUGUCGCCACCGGUGACCGAGGCAACACCGGCCGACUUGACACCGGCACUCUGCGCAUGAAGCCUAGCACCGAGACAAUCCGCCCAAAGAAGGAGAAGAAGCGAACGCGCAAGCCUGCGACUUUGGCUAGCGGCGCUGCGUCUUCCAAAGCGGACAUCUUCGAGGCCAAGGUGGCCAGUGCUGUGGACGAAGCCGAUGUUUCCGACUCUGACGAGACUUUCGUGUAUGAAUCCAACCCGCCGGACCCUUAUCCAGUUCGGCAGAACCGGUACCAUUCUCGGACCCCCAGCGCGACAUCGAUGGCCAGCCAGGUGGACCAGCUGGCGGGUCGCAGUCGUCCCGGGAUCCGGGAUGGCAACCACAGCGUGACAGGCAAGCGAAGCAUGAAGUUCACCAACAAUACGUUUACCAGCGCAGCGGAUGAUCCUGGCGAGGAGAGCACUCGCAGUCACCCCCGCGUCGACGGUGGCGGCACGCACACUCCCCGUCACCAUCAUAUCGGGCGAUAUGGGCGCAACAACAACCUGUAUCCGUCCCUGUUCGACAGCGACUCGCCGUUCCCUCAGUCUCAGGCGCACGCCAAGUCCCCGCGGCAUUUUAUUGGGAACGGAUACCGGCAGUCCAGACACCCCGGGUCUCGCGCUGCCCCCAACUACCGCACCAUCAACGGAUCCAAGAAGGCGAGCGAUGUCUAUGGAUAUGAUUUCGACGCCGAAGGUGCGGAUGAUGAGCGGACGCCGCUGGUGGGAUCUCCGCGUGUGACACGGAGCCGGCACGGCAAUCGGCGCCCCAACAGUGCGAGUCUACGCCAAAUGGAAUACAUGCAACAGCGGCAGCGAGGGUGCUUCUCUCGGUACGGGGCUUGUGUGGUCAUCAGCUUCUUGCUGUUUCUGCUCGUUGGCGGCAUGACCUCCUUUGUCAUCGCUUCCACUAAGACCCUCGUGGAAGUCGAGAUUCUUGAAAUCCAGAACGUCCUCGCUUCCGAACAAGAGAUCAUGUUGGAUCUGAAUGUGCAGGCCAUCAACCCCAAUCUCUUCCCUGUGACGAUUGAUGAUAUGGAUAUGAACAUCUUCGCCAAGAGUCGAUUUGUUGGGACCGACAAAUUAUGGCACGACCACAGUUUGGAUCCGAACGACUUUCCCCGUGUUGAGGACAGCAGGAAACGCGCCGCAAUAGCUCGCCUGGCUCGCUGUGCCAGCGAUGCAGGUUGUCCGUCCGAUGAGACAUUGUCAGACCUCUCAUCGAAUGGGGGCAAAGGCAUCGACAAGGGCACAGAUCCUAUCCCGAGCGAUCCAGCGGGCGAUCCUCAGACCAUGUUGCUCGGCCGUGUCUUCCGCUUUGACUCUCCUCUGUCCUUCGAGCCAUCUCCGUGGAACUACAUGGCCUCGACUUCAAAGGGUCAAAUCCGGCUUGCUCGCCCCGGGAACAAGACGGAAGAAGGUGGCACGGAACGGUGGGAGCGGGUGCUCCAGCAUCAAUUCGACCUGAUCGUCCGUGGUGUUGUCAAGUAUCAACUUCCUCUGAGUUCCCGGGUUCACUCCGCAUCCGUGAGUUCUAGCUUCAAAGUGACACCCGACGGAGACAACGACACCGGGGAUGAUGAUCACAAGGAAACUCCGAACGGCCACGGAGACGAGCAAGCCCGUCUCCCGGCCGAAAGGGAGAAAUAA